AUGUUGAAACCCCUCCGCGUCCUUGUCGUCGGGGCGUCCAUCGCUGGCCCCACCACCGCGUACUGGCUCGCCCGCGCCGGCGCAGCCGUCACAGUCGUUGAACGAUUCCCCGCGCUCCGCACCGCCGGACAGGCCGUCGACAUCCGCACCGCAGGCGUGACGGUCAUGCGGAGGAUGAAGGGCAUGGAAGACGCGGUGAGGGCGAAGAGCACGACGCUCGCGGGCGUCAGCUUUGUGAAUUCGGCGGGACGGUCGUUUGGCACGAUUCGCCCGACGGGGAAUCCGGAGCAACAGAGCCUGGUGAGUGAGUAUGAGAUCUUCCGGGGCGACUUGGCGGGCGUCUUGUUUGGUUUGACGGGUGGCAACGACGCGACCAGCAAUCGAGGUAUAAGUCAAGGUCAAGAUCAAGGCGACCAUCCCGGUCACAAUCGCAAUCGAGCUCAAGAUGACGAUCACGGUCACAAUCUCAAUCAAGCUCAAGGUGACACCCACGACCACGACCACGAUCAAAUUCAAAAGAUCAAAUAUGUCUUCGGAGAGCAAGUGGCCGGUAUACAACAGCAGGAAAACCUCGACGGCCCCGUCACCGUGGACUUUAUGAACGGCAAACUGCCCACCACGGAAUAUGAUCUCGUCGUGGCGUGCGACGGGGCCACGUCCAGGACGAGAGCCCUCGGCCUUGACUGCCAGGUACGCGACCACGUCCACCCCGUCAACUUGUGGGCCGCGUACUUUUCCCUGCCGGGAGAUCUCCUCGGGGGCAGCAAGGUCGGACGCGCAUACACGGCUGUCGGGGGCCGAUUUAUCGCCCUGGGACCUGACCCUGAUCCGGCGGGCGUCACGCGCGUCACGCUGAUGAGCGUCCACCCGCGAAAGGACCACAACGCGCCGAUCCCCUUCCGCGAAGCCGCCGCCAAGGGAGACGAGGCGCUGAAACGACAUGUCGCGGCGCGUUUCGCGGGCGCGGGCUGGAAAACCGACCAAGUGCUCCGGCUCAUGAUGGACUCGGCUUCGGACUUUUACGCCAGUGAAGUCGUGCAGGUCAAACUCCCCGACGGUUUGUCCAAAGGACGGUUCGUCCUCGUCGGCGAUGCGGGAUACGCGGCUGGUCCGACGGGAGGGGGCACGACGCUGGCUCUGGCCGGCGGGUACGUUCUCGCCGGCGAGAUCUGUAAACAUAAAGGCGAUAUCGCGGCGGGGCUGAGGGGCUACGAGCAGACCAUGAGGCCGAUCAUCACGGACCUGCAGAAGAUUCCGCCGCUCAUCCCGGCCGUGUUGGCACCGCAGACCGUGUGGGGGAUUUGGUUGCGGAAUAAUAUGUUUAGGCUGAUCGCGCGGAGCGGCAUCAUGGAGUUUGCGCACCGAUGGUUCGGCAACGCGUUUGCCGAGGGAGACAAGUACCGUCUGCCGGAAUAUGAAUGGGUGCGGCGAUGA